CAAAUAAAGCCAAAAAGAACUAACUAUUGUUAUGCAUGUCUUUGAGAAUCCGUGCCGUGAGAAGGAGUAUGUAGAACAACAUAUUUAAAUUUGUAGGCCAUGGAUUCAACAUACCGUUCAAUUCGCAUUUGGACAACAAAUGGAUUUAUAAUUAACCGCAGCCGUCGCUCAAGUAUAGAUGAUAAUCUUAGUGUUUGUUCUGUCAAUUCUGGCCACAAUCCUGCGCGUGGAUUUACCGGAAUUGACGGCAAUGACCAGGGAGGCGCCAAUGGCAGUUCCAAAGCUUUGCCAUCAAUCAUCAGUCAUCAAACUAAUAACCUAAUAGGCGUGCAAUCAAAAUUUCGACGAAAAUAUUAUCAUAAGGUGCUGUUGGUUUUACUCAUUCUAUUGCUAAUACUUUUAUUAAUAAUAAUAAUAAUAUUAAGUGUUUUUUUGAACAAACAAUCGAUUAAUAGCUUAUGUCGUUCGAAAGAAUGCCUUCGUGCAGCGGCAAGCCUUAUUUACUCAAUGGACGAAAAGACUGACCCUUGUGAAGACUUUUAUCAAUUUACAUGCGGACGAUGGGCCGACGAACAUCCACGACCCGAUUCAGUGACAUCGAACGAUUGGUUUCGAGAGGCUCAGGCGAAAAUAAUGCGUCAAUUAAGAAGAUUUUUGCAGCAAAAUGCAACCGACAAUGAACCGGCGACUGUUAGCAAAGCGAAGCUAAUGUUUAAAGGUUGCAUGGAUACUAAGCUAUUAGAUGAACGUGACAUGGAACCUUUAGUGUAUUUCCUUAAGCAAUUUCAAUUACCUUUGAUACCUAGGGGAUUUAAUUUAACUUUGGGAACGGAGGAUAGCGACCAAAGUCCAAAGUUCGAUUGGUUAAAAUCGCUGGUGUUGAUUAAGAAAUAUUUGGGAAUGGAUUUAAUAAUUGGUUUUGAUAUACUUCCGGAUCCGCUGAAUCGAACAAUUAAACGAAUAGCCUUUGGUACGCCGGAAAUCGAUACAGCACUGCCUUUCAAUAAUGACGACGCGCAUAAAAUUUUACAUAAAAUCCGGAGAAAAACAAUAUUCUUUGAGGCGGAUAACGACGAUGUCGAGAAAUGGGACGAAGAAGUUGAAGCGGCCAGCAAGCAAACUUCAACAGGUCUAGAGGCGUAUAUUGUUUAUGUUAAAAAAAUCAUGGAUCUUUAUAUAUCGUAUCUGGAUCCCGAUAUCGAUUCGGAUGAAAUCCAUCAACAGGCGGCUGCGAUCACACUGAACGCCAUUAAGGUGGCCAGAAGAAUUUAUAAAUUAAAAGAUGCAGUUGAAAAUUCUACAAAAAGUUCUAAAAAUCCCAUCGAUGAUAUUGUUUAUGUUACGGUCAAUGAGUUGCAAAAUCAAACCGACAAAUUAAUUGCUCCGCAAACGUUGCCCAUUUGGCGCAAUUAUCUGCAAUGGAUGAUUAGUGAUAAUAAUAUCAAUAAAUUCAAUGUCUCCCACUUGCAAAUCAUUACCAGUCAGGCUGAUAUACAAUAUUUGCAAACAAUGAUUGAAUAUGUUGCGUCUAUACCGAGUGAGCAUUUAGAGUUUUAUAUAUGGCUUAGCGCUGUGGAAGAGUUAAUCCUGCAUACCACCAGUGAAAUGCGUCUGCUACAUGCGGAAUAUCUUAGUGUUGUUAUAGGCACGGAAAGCAGCUCACCACGUUCGCUAUAUUGCACUCAUGGCGUUAACAGUCUCAUGGGUAUGGCGGUGAGUUAUGCAUUGGUAGACGAUAACUUCACGCGUCACAAAUUGCCAAAUGUACGUCGCAUGCUAGAGAACAUUCGACAGGCAUUUAACGAUUUGGUGCGCUCCACGUCGUGGAUGGAUGAGCCAACGAAACGCGAGACUUUAAAAAAGUCUGCGGGAAUGCAAAGUUUCAUUGGCUAUCCCGAUUGGAUUACCAACGCCACGGCAUUAAAUGCCUAUUACGAGGGGGUCACCGUCAAUGCUAGCACGCAUUUGGAAAAUAUGGUCG